AUGUUCGAGAAAAAGUUUAGCAUUGAAGUACAAACUUUACAGCCUUUACGUGAGUUUCUUGCACAACUGAAAGAAGAAGGUAGUCAGCCACAACUUAUAGACUUUCAUUAUGAAUUUAAUGAAAAUGAAGAUGGAACUCAUGACUGUCAGUUUGUUGUAUUCUCACCAUUCAAUGAAGUCGCUAAAGAGAAAGAAAAUCCAUUACGUAUAAGAUUUCAAAUCUCUGAACCAAGUGAUGAUUUCAAGAAUGUUUUCAAUUAUGAUGCAAUGCUUCCGAGGAAAAAUGAAUUUUCAAAGAUUGUAACACCUGGCAUUUGGGAUAGAAAGCAAGCUAUAUUAUAUUCAAAUUAA